CACAAAAAGCUGUAGCAGGUUAAAUAUAAACCGUGCUAAUGUCAGGGAUGGUGCUCUGAGGGGAUUCAAACGUUCCUCAUUUGACUCCACCUGUAGCCUUUUGGUCAAAUUCACUGAUGACAUCGGGCAAACAGAGGAGGCUGUGGACACAGGAGGGCCUACGCGGGAAUUUCUGACACUCUUGAUGGACGCCAUUAAAACCAGUAGAUUUUUUGACGGGAAAGAUGAUGGCAAAUACCUGUCAUUUGAUAGCAAAGCUGCAGAAGUUGAUGAGUAUUUCCAUGUUGGAAGAAUGGUUGCGGUCUCCCCAUUGUACAUGGUGGUCCAGGGCCUCGAUGCUUUUCCCCAAGCUUCUACCAGUACCUGGUUGGUAAAGUGAAGACCAUUGAGGCCCCAAUUGAGGAUAUACCUGAUACUGAAGUCAGGAAUGUUCUCCUUGAGAUUAAGAAUGAUAGAACAUUGGAGGAACUCGUGGAACUCGCAGAUAAGCACUCCAGCAUGCUUCAGACAGCAGGAUGCUAUCAAUGCCUGAGGACACUGGGGGAUAAGGAAAAAGUUGUGGAUGGUUACAUCCAGUGGUACUUUACCUACCGCAACCAUGUUUCCUUCCAGAGGUUCAAGGAUGGCCUGGCUACCCUCAACUUUUUCAACGCUCUGGAACAGCAUCCCUCCAUUUUCCUGCCCUACAUGUGUUACAGUGCGGAAGACCUGACAGCCGAGAGUGUAGAGUCACUGUUCCGUCCACAAUUGAGCCCAACUGGUAGCUCAAAUCGCCAUGAGGAGGAGAGAGUGCUUGGCUACUGGCUGGACUACUUAAUCGCUGUAAAAGAGGACGGGUCAGGGAUGUCUCUGAAAGGACAUUCUAAUGUUUGCAACAGGCCUGAAAGAAAUCCCAGCAGCAAAAUUAAUACCACAGCCUCAACUCACAUUCCAGAAACACUCAAGGUUUCCUGAGGCUAAUGUCUGCGCUAACACAAUAAAACUCCCGAUCUUACCCUCAUAUGAAAUCUUUGAGGAAGCCAUGAAUUAUGGAAUCAAGAACGCCCCUGGAUUUGGGCUCCAUUGAGGUGUCAAUCAGAAAUUAACAUUCGUGGCAAAUUUGCAUUACUGUUGUUACUGUUUGCAUUGCAAUUUACUGUUUGUACUGUUACAUUGUUUACAGAAAUCCAAUGAUUUUUUUAUAAGAAAAGUUGCAAGUUUCUCUAUUUGGAAACUUUUUGUGGCAGAUUUGCAUUGCUCUUACUGUUCGCACUUUACUGUUUGUCAGUACUGUCACAGUUUAAAGAAAUAAAAUAAUUUUAAUAAGAAAA